AUCACAUUAAUAUUCUACGGUUGAUUGUAUUGCGAACCUAGCGUUUGCGUCCACUGUGCUUAUAUAUCCUAUACAGGUUUAGAAAUAGUUACCGUUUAAUUUACAUACAUCUCAUUUGAAUCUUUUUAUAGACAUUAUGUUACAAUUAAUAAAUAAUUUAUGUUAAAAUCCAUGUGAAUGUAAAUUAAAUAGGGUAGCAAUGAGACAAAGACAUUCCGUAAUGUCGAGACGAGAGGGAAUCUUCAGUAAAGGGCGGCGCGCAGACGGCUUUCAUCGUGUGUAAAUGCGUGCCGCACAAAAAAUGGAUAGACGGCCAAUAAAAACCCCGUGUGGAGAGAAGCCGAGGGGCGGGCUCGCGGGUGCACUGCGCUGCGCCAGUAAUUGCAUGUUGCAGUCGGUCUCCGCCGCGUUGGGUGCGCGCACGCAGCCUCCUAGCAUCCCUCGCACGCGAGCGUCGGGUGAACAAGUCCCCAGUCCAGUAUGCGUACGACUCACCACCGUCAUAUCGUCCCUGCUUCUUGGUUUCGCGAUCGUUGAUCAAUCUUUAAUGUUCUUGUCCCGUUAGCCGGAAGCAUCGCCAGCCAUCAGUGGCACUUAGCGUGCGUUUUGUUUUCGCUCGACCGGGCACAUAGACUGAGCUAGGGGGUUGUGUUAUAUUCGCGUUAGUUACGCUAGUUUAACGUUAAGAAAAUGACGGCGAACGUUGUUAAGACAGUAUCAUCAGCGGGCGGGGAGGCGGGUCCGCCGGGCCCGGCGGCCGAAGACGCCGACAUGAAAGGCGUCGAAGCCACACCAGAAGAACAGGAACGGUUAGCAACCGGUAACAACAAUGGCUCCCUCGACUGCAAGCACACGGUGGCCCGGCCGCAACCGCUCGGCGAACGUUCGGUGUUUGCGUCCACACGGGUCUUCAUGUUGGUGUUCCUCUCAGGAUGGGUCCUUCAGGGCAUGUUCCUCACAUACUUCGUCAGUGUGACGACUACAGUAGAGAAACUGUUUAAAGUAGAAUCAAAGACAACUGGCACACUAUUGGCGGCUACUGAGAUUGGCCAGAUAUGUACGGCACUAUUCCUGACGUACCUGGCGGGGCGGGGACACCGGCCUCGCUGGAUCGCGUGCAUGAUGCUGGUGCUGGCGGUGGGUGUGAUCGGCUGCGUAGUGCCGCACCUGUUGUACGGCACGCCGCUGUUGGACGUGCACCUGGACGCGCAUCGCGCCGGCGCCGCGCCCGUCUGCUACACCUACCAGAACUCCACUUCAGUCCUGUGUGAUGACGCUCACGUUAAGAGUUCCACCACGCGGUCAUCCAUCACGGCCGUCGUGAUCCCCUGGCUGUUCAUCUGCCUGCUGGUGGUGGGCGUCGGCCAGACCGGCAUCGCCACGCUCGGAAUCCCCUACGUGGACGAUAAUGUUGGCAGCAAGCAAUCACCACUUUAUAUGGCCAUCACGAUCGGCAUCAGGGUGAUCGGGCCGGCUCUCGGGUUCCUGCUGGGAGCGCUCUGCACUAGAGUCUACGUCAACCCACUGUUGGACCCAGACUUCGACGCCAAUGACCCACGAUGGGUCGGCGCUUGGUGGUUGGGCAUGGUGUUCAUCGCCGGUUUCAUCGUACUGCUCUCGACGCUGAUGUUCUGCUUCCCGCGCCAGAUCAAACAGGAGCCCAUGGCUCUGCCGCUCAAGAAGAACAAGGACAAACGGGAACCGUUCUUUAAAGAUUUCUUCGCGACGAUCAAAAGACAGUUGACAAACGACAUCUUGAUGUGGCGUACAGCGAGCUCGGUCCUCCACCUGAUGCCCAUCAGUGGGGUCUACAGCUUCCUCCCGAAGUACCUGGAGAAGCAGUUCCGACUGCCCACGCACGACGCCAACCUUGUCUCGGGUCUGGGUGGUAUUCUGGUGAUGGGCCUGGGGACGAUCACAUCUGGUGUGGUAAUUUUGAAGCUCGUGCCAACCGCAAGGCAGGUGGCUGCGUGGACGGCUGCGAGUGCCGCUAUAUACAGUGCUGGCAUGGUAGUGUUAAUGUUCGUGAGCUGCCCAGAGGAGAACUACCGCUACAUCAGCGAGGGCAGCAUUGCCAACAGCAGCAUGGACUGCAGCGCCGGCUGCCACUGUACCGACGUACCUUUCAACCCCGUUUGUGGACAGGACUCCUUCACGUACAUAUCGCCGUGCCAGGCGGGCUGCCUCGGCACCCAGCAGCUGGAUAACAACACGUGGCUGUACUCCAACUGUUCCUGCAUCGACGGUAGUCUACGUGGAGAGAAGGCUAUGAGCAUUAUCGAGCGCUACAACCUGUCGAGCCCGUCGCUGCUGUCGGAGGGCGUGGGCUGGGCGGUGAGCGGCGAGUGCGGCGGGCCGUGUCGCCAGAUCUACACGUUCGUGGCGGUGUUCGCGGCCGUCAUGUUCGUGCACGCCAGCGGGGAGGUGGGCGCAGUGCUGCUCAUCAUACGCUGUACUGAUAAGAAAGACAAGGCGAUGGCGAUGGGUGUGAUCCAGUUCGCGAUCGGCGUGUUCGGCAACGUCCCGUGCCCCAUCGUGUUCGGCGCGGCCGUGGACGCGGCCUGCCGCGCGCGCGACGCGCUCUGCGGGAUGCUCGGCGCCUGCGCCUCCUACGACAACGACAGCUUCCGACAUCUGUAUCUCGGUUUGUCAGCUGGUCUGAUGUUCCUGGCGUUCAUAAUGGACCUGCUGGUGUGGAGCAAGGCGGGCCGCAUCGACAUGAACCCGGCGGACUCGGGACCGGCCGCCGCCCGCCCCGCGCCCGACACGCAACUCUGACACUGCAGCUACGAGUCGCACUUCUAAACCUUAUUGCGACAACAAUGCUCGAAAAUACAAUAACACUGUGCGAGAACCGAAGGUAUCUACGAUCCUCGAUUUUAGACUCUAGCGUUAAAGAAUAAAGUGCAUUGUGCAACAACUACAGUGUAAUUAGCACAGCGAUAACGAUUCAACAUUAUGUUAUGCUACGAGUUCCAUAUGCGAAUGAGAGCUCCUAUCCAAUAACACUGCUAUACGGAUCCACAUUAGACCCUAACUCUGUACGGAUAUGGACUAUAUUCUAACAGCGCUGUGUUAGCAAGUACGAGUCUAACACUCUAUCUCCGAAUCAAUAAGGUAUAUUGUUCUACAACGCUGUGUGUAAUGUAAGUUUAAUGUGAAUCUACUACGACCACUCGAUUUUACAGCGACUUUCGAUUGUGAGUACUACACCUCGCUGUUAAGGUCGAAAUUUGUAUACAGGAUUUUUAUCCGCGUGUAGUUUAGUAUUUAGGCAAAAGUGUAGGUGUGUUACAAUUUGUAAUAUAAAUGUUUUGUGGGGUAAUUAAGUCCGUGCUUCGUGGGCUGGACUUUUUUUCUGUAAAUCGGCUAGACCGCCAUUUUGAGCCAUAUUACUAGAAAACGGACAGACAGUGCAUGCGUUUAUUUGUAUUUGGACAAAAUCAAGAUACUAUUUGUAUAUACAAUUAUUUACCAACGCCAAUAUUUUGGUUAUUUAUUAGAUUCUUGCUAAUAUCACAUAUUUAGUGAAAUACCAGUGUUUUUGAUUAAACUUGUACGGUUUCUAUGGCAACACUUCAACGUGACUGAACAAUGAAAUAGUUUUAUUGUGUGCAUUUUAUUUUGUAUCUAUGCAUUUUAUACACUAGUUACUUUACUGUAUAAGUAUGUGCUCAAUUUUGUAAACAUAGUAAAAUCAACUAAAACUGGGUUCAGGCAUAAUAUUUAAUGUAACAUAAUAAAAUGUAAUAAUAAUAAUUUGGGAGCAAGUGUUUGAUAUACCAAAUUCUACAGUUAUAGAGCUUAGGGCCGACAUAUAUAUGGCGCGUAUAGUUCAAAAUAUAUAUUUAUUACUUUUACACUUUACGUUAGGAAGAUUUCAUGCUUCAACUCGUACGGUCAGAAGAAAACAACCUCACAUAACGAUGUGUUCUUGUUUUGCUGACUGUGUUACGUCACAACUGUUAGUAGGUGAACAUCCUCUGUUUCAGUUCUCGUUUCGGUCCCAUAUUCGAUAUUAAUCGCUUUACUUUACAUCACUGUAAUUAGUACACAUCACACUCAACCACAUUUCAUAUGGGACCGAGUUUGUCGGCUGGUAGUACACUUUGUUAUAAUAAAAAAACUGACACACAAACAUGGUGAAAGGAUUUCAACCUUCUUAUUAAACUAUGUACCUACAAUAGGUAUAGAUAAAGUCUUAGGUGUUAUGUCCUGUAGGCUCAAUCCCGAUACGAUAGAGUUCUGUGUUAAUCUAAUUGAGUCUCGAGUUGGUACUUAGAGACCCGACUCUAGCGCCAAUUCCUGCUUUCGCACGAGUUGAUACUACGCUCGAUCGAUCUCACGAGAUCGAUAAUCGGUCAUGGUUUGCUUCGAUAGUACAAUAUUAAAAUCCGAAUAAUAGAACGAAAUCAAUUUCGGGAGGUGCCUGCUGAGUGACAUAAACUAAAUAUUUACUACGGGUCAUUUAUGGAAUAGGUGAAGUGCAACGAAUAAAAAUGUGUGAAAGUACGCUCGCGAAGAAUCUAACAUGAAUCUAAACUAGGAAUAAUGUUCUUAGUAUUUAAAAAAGUAUCUAGUUUAUUAUGACAGAGUGUAUUCCCAGCGUUACAUAAUAUAUUAUUUCGAUAAUUGCGAUUUACAUGGCUAGUGAUUAGACGUUUAUGUUAGUGUUAGACAACGUUUUUUUUUAACAAAUUAUUACUAAAAUCCCUGUAAAUAGAAUUAAAUGAAUUAAACAUUGUAAUCACAAUAAAUUUAGUGUAAUUUUAAGCAUUUUUAAUUAGAUUAAUGUUUCUGUUAUCUCUUAUUCUUGUAAUAGAUAUUGUUUUACUUCACUAUAGUACGCGCUACGGUCUGUCGUUAAUAUAUUAUUUAUAUACUUAUGUUUUUAAACAUUGAGUGUAAUUAGUAAAAUAAUCUGUUCCUGUACUAUGAGGUAUUAAAGUAAGAUUGUGUCUGUUGUGCAAGUGAGAUGCCACUACACUAAUUGUAGAGCGCUGUUUCACUUAAACAAUGAAAUAAGUUUCCCCCUAUCAGUUCAUGGUCAGCACGCAGAUAAAUGUACCAGUGACAUAUCUUUGUUGAGUAGUAUAUGUUAUUUAAUUAAAUAUUGGGCAUUUAAUAAAGGCAUUAUUGAAUUAAAUAGAUCUUAUAAUGUAACAGUGUAUUUGUUGUAAAAUACUUGAGAAAUAGUAUUUUAACGAGAGACUAUAGCUUUAGGGAGAAUGUUAGGAUUCGAUAAAGGCUGGGCCGUGUGUAAAACUAUUUAGUGAAAUUAGUAGUAACGUUUGUAAGGAGGUUUCAUUUCAUUAUGUGUUACUGUUUACAUUGGUCUAUGGAAACUGAUUUUUAUCAGAUCUACUUAAACUUGCGUAUUUAUUAGCUUUCUAUAUUUAAAUAUUCUUCACGUCCAUAAUUUACAAUUUUGAAGCUUAAGUGUGGAGUUUUAAAGUUCGUUUUUGUAAAACUACUUUUAAGGAAACAAUUUAAAUGAAUUUUGUAUAUUACUUAAUUUGAAGAUGGAAUAAGUAUACUUACCUCGUGCAAUAAUCGGUACUAACUGUUGAUUUGUUUAGUGAAAUCGACGGUCGCCAUUUUGAAUUAUCAAGUACCUACACAAGCAAGUGUCUCAAAUUGCUUUGUCUUGUAGUUUUGGAACUUUUUGAACUUCUUCCCUAAGGUGUUUGAAUAACUUCAGAGGAACAUUAUUAAAUAAUACUUUGUAUUGACCAAAAAUCUCCAUUGUCUUAAGGAAACGUAACACAAUUAGGAUUUAAAUAAAAUUUUAUCACAAUUAUAAUCCGUUCCUCAUUUUGGAAUCGUGUGCAUUAUUCAAGUGCAAUUUUUUACAUCUUUCUCUUUAUUAAUAACUUUAUAUAAUUAAUUAAAAAAUAUAUGUAAAUAAAUAUUUUUUAUUGGCUUUUCAAAUAGUAAAAUUAGAAAAUCAAGUAUAGUUAAUUAUUAUUUUUUAUACAUGAUUGUAAACGAAUGCUUUAUUAUUUGUAAUCACGAAGUACACUUAUGCCGAACACCUUUAAUGGGUAUAGAUAAUGCAUUGUAUAAGAUUUCUUUUUAAAGAUAUGUUUUUGUAUCUUAAUAUAAAUUGUCUGUGGUGUUUAACCUGUAUGAGUGUAUUUGAAUUAGGUGUCUAUUGGAGACUAGUGGCUUGAAUGUUUGUGGUUUGUCAUUAUAGUAGGCUUGUGAGAUCAUAGAAAGAAAUCGUAUACAUUAUUGGAGUAAACGUAAAGGAAAGAUAAAUUGUGUUAAACAACUGAGUCUGAGGUUAUAAUUUGAUCAAUAUAUAUUUUUUGUAAUCAAUUACAAAUAGUAUCACUUUCUGUGUAUUUAUUAAUGAAGAUAAUAAGAAAAAGAACGUAAUGGAAGUACAUUUUUACAUAUUUUGUUUAUACAUAUUUCUUUAUGUUCUUGAAACUUUUAUUCCUAUAAAACUUAUCUUUUUUUUUCUAUGGUCACACAGUGUGUGUCUUAGGUAAAACGUGUGAAGUACAAGUGAAUAGAAUUUGUCAGCGUGUGUUCUAAAUUGUAAGCAUAAUAAAAUUAAACGUUGAGUUGCGCUCGACUAGUUAAUAUAUAUCAUAUAUUAUACGAGUAGGUAUGUAUCUAACAUAUAUAUUUACAUUAUAAUAUAAAUUUACUGUCGUAGUAACUUUUACUUCUCAGUGGUAGCUUUUAGCUAAAUUUGUUGUUUGUUGCUGUAAUUUUACUAAAUACACUUAAGAUAAAAUGUAACGAUUCUUUGUAAUAGUGAACACAAUUUUACUAGUCUACGUUUAGUUUUAGAGAAUAAUACCUCUGGAUUUUAGAUGUAAAAAUCUGUAACCGUCUAUAAUUUUUAAAUGUUUACGCAUGUAUUCGAUCAAAGCGUGAAGCGAAAUUUGAAUGGAUAUACGAUAUAUGUAUUUACGUGCCAGGAACUUUAUUUACUUGACAACCUUCAACUUUGUGAACUGUGUACAAACAUUUCUGAGUCAAAUAUAUUGAGAUUAAUGCCCGCUUUCUGAAAGACUGUUCUUUUUUAAUCUGAUGUCAGAAGGGAUUACAAAUGUUAUUAGUCUAAUGGCUAAAAUUAUGAUUGUUUUCUCGCUGGCCAGUCUUUCAGGGAGCGGAGUUCUUUAUUUGAAUUUACUUCGAAUUUUCCACGUGUACGCACAAUAGUGAGUUUAUAAAUAUUUUGUACUUGAUUGUACAUUCUAGAAAAGUAUACAGGAUAUUUUUUAAGGAUUGUCUUUGGUACGACUCCAGUACAUUAGUUUACAUCUUUCAUUGAAUAAAACAUAAGUACAUACAGUGUAGAUUUGUUAUUGUGGCGUCGGCUCACAUAUUUUUUAAUUAUUUGUAAAUAAAAAUUAUUGAGAUAAAUAAA